CAGUUACAAAGAUUGCAGUAUGUACAAAACACGGCAGCUAGAGUUGUGUUGCAAGUAAGUAAGUUUCAGCAUAUCACACCUGUUUUGUGCGAGCUUCAUUGGCUACCGAUUCAAUAUCGUAUUAUUUUCAAGAUUCUGCUCCACGCGUAUAAAUCACUGAAUGGGACAUCGCCUAGCUAUUUAACUCAGAAACUACAUUAUCGUUCUCAUACUAGAUCUUUGAGGUCUGUUAGUAAUGAACUUUUAAUGCAACCUAGAUCGUAUACCAAGACCUACGGAGAUAGAGAAUUCGCUGUUCAUGCACCAAGAGAAUGGAACCUAAUACCCUAUGAAAUUCGGAAGUCCAACACCAUCUCGAGUUUUAAAAGAUCAGUUAAGACGUACUUGUUG